CGGACGAGGCGGGAGCUCGGGACCGGCGCCCUCUCCUUGCACCUGGGGUCGUGGCCUUGCGCCCGCUGUGCAGGGAAGUAACCCCGGCGCCUCCAGGCGCGUGUACGCGCGGGGGCUCUGAGGUGCUCGUGCGUCCGUACUAGGUCUCUGCAGGAGCCAUGGGCGGGACCGCCAGCACCCGCCGGGUCACCUUCGAGGCAGACGAGAACGAGAACAUCACCGUGGUGAAGGGCAUCCGGCUUUCGGAAAAUGUGAUUGAUCGAAUGAAGGAAUCCUCUGCAUCCGGUUUGAAGACUCCGCGGUAUUCUGGCUCUUAUGGUGCCACAGUCUCCGAUGAAGAAUUGAAAAGAAGAGUAGCCGAAGAGCUGGCGUUGGAGCAGGCCAGGAAGGAAGCUGAACACCAGAAGCGACUGAAGCAAAGCAAAGAUCUGGACCGAGAGAGGGCCGCUGCCAACGAGCAGUUAACCAGGGCCAUCCUUCAGGAGAGGAUAUGGAGUGAGGAGGAGCGGGCGAAGGCCAAGCACCUGGCUAAGCAGCUGGAAGAGAAAGACCGAGUGCUAAAGAAGCAGGAUGCAUUCUACAAAGAGCAGCUGGCUAGACUGGAGGAGAGGAGCUCUGAGUUCUACAAAGUCACCACCGAGCAAUAUCAGAAGGCUGCUGAGGAGGUGGAAGCAAAGUUCAAGCGGUAUGAGACUCACCCAAUCUGUGCCGAUCUGCAGACCAAAAUUCUUCAGUGUUACCGGCAGAACACCCACCAGACCCUCAAGUGCUCCGCUCUGGCCAGCCAGUACAUGCACUGUGUCAAUCGUGCCAAAGAGAGCAUGGUUGAGAAGGGAGGAUAAAAACUCUGAGAACACAGAAAACAACAUUAAUUCCAGAGGUGGAACAUUUUUUUUGCCUAGUAAGAUAAAAACCCAUUUAAAGAGAAGACCACUAAGGAGAAGACCACAAAUGAGACACACAAGAACAGAUUGGACAGAAUCAUGUCAUAUUUUGAUCAGCAACAGUUUGAGAAGCUGCAGCCCAGGUCAGGGAUCAGCCAUGAAAGGACACUCUUUAGCCUUAAUGAACCCCUUUUAUGGUGAUUAAAAGAGGAAAGCAGCCCUCUCCAUCUCUUUUAUAUUCUAUUCAACUUCUCCUGACCAUGAAGUGUUCCUCCUCUAAGCCAGCCCCAUUGUUUGGUGACCCUCUACCCCAACAGAGCAGGGUAGGCUGCUGAAUGAAUUGGAGUGGAGAGAAGACAGCCCCAAACACAGAUCUCGGGUGGUAAGGCUGCCAGGUAGCAUUGUCUAGGCUGUGGCAUAUUGGUUUUCUUUUUCUUUUCUCCUUUGAUUAUAUAAGAGCUAUUUCAUUUUAACUUAUUAUGGUGAUCAUGCAAGUAAGAAGACAAAAGGAGAGAAAAUGUACCUCUGUUACUGGAAUAAUGUUUAUGAUUACAAGUGAAAUAAGGUAUUUUUAUCAAUGGAAAGGCAACCUUGGCUUAUACAACCUCUAUCAUGAAUGCUGACAUCUUUACUUCCCUCACUAUCAAUAAUAAAUAUAUUUUCAGACAAAGA